AUGCCAUAUGGUGGUGUGAAAGAUUCGGGUUUAGGUCGUGAGGGGAUCCAGUCCGCAAUUGGUGAUAUGCAGGAAGAGCGCUUACUUAGUGUGCAACUUUGGGCAUUUCAAUCUGAGAAAUUGGUAAAUGAUGCACGCUCUCAGAUUUUGAAAACACUUUAUUAUGAUCCUGCUUAUACUCAGUUGUCUUAUCCAAUGGGUGAUGUUCCAUUGAUCAAAGGUGUAUGUACAGACGUGGUUAUUCGCGCCUUACGCCAUCAAGGUAUAGAUCUGCAACAACGUAUUCAUGAAGAUAUGAAAGCUAAUUUUAAAAAAUAUCCACAAAAAUGGGGGUUAAAAGCAACCGAUCGAAAUAUUGAUCAUCGACGUGUUCCAAAUAUCAUGACCUAUUUUCAGCGUCAAGGUUAUCAAGUGAAUGAUCAAAAGUAUCAAGCAGGUGAUAUCGUGGCAUGGGAUUUAGGUAAAGGUUUAACCCACAUUGGUAUCAUUUCAAAUAAAACCACAAUGUUGUCAAAAACACCUUUGGUUAUUCAUAACAUUGGUUCUGGAACACGUGAAAAUGAUAUUUUGCAUGAAUAUAAAAUCAUUGGGCAUUAUCGUUUACCCAAGAGUGCCAAUUAG